UUUCUUGUGAAAUUUUUAAAAAAUAUUUAUAAAAAAUUUAUUAUAUAUUACACAUAUUUCUGCAAUAUUAUUUUACAUAAUAUGUGUGAUAAUAAUGAAAAUAGUAGACCAAUAACACCAUCAGAGGAAGAUUGUUGUCAUAGUGCAUGUGAUCCUUGUAUUUUUGAUGUACAUAAAAAAUUACUCGAAGAAUAUGAAAGAAAAAAAAAACUGAAUAUAAAAAUACAGAAUAAACAAAAUAUACUUCAUUUGUAUAAAUAUAAAAAUUUUGUAGUUUUUAAUAUAGAAGAAAGAUCUGAAUGUUAUAUUUUAAUUGUUUUGAAAUAUUAUGAAAAUAACUGCAAAAAUAAAAGAAUAUUAAUUGAUCCUGGACAACAUGUUAUGUUACAUUUACAUGACAUUACCAAACCAUUCACACCAAUUCUUUUCACAGAUGACUGUAUUGAAUUUCUAAUUAGACUUUAUCCAAAUGGAAAAUUUAGUCAAUAUUUAAAAAGUAUAAAAAUAGGUGAUAUAAUUCAUAUUAGAGGACCAUAUGGAAAUUUUAAAUAUGAAAGUAAUAGUUUUCAGACAAUUAUUAUGUUCUCUAUGGGAUCUGGAAUAACUGCAGUUUAUCAUAUAGCAAAAUCAAUUGUAGAAAAUGAAUUGGAAGAAACAAAGAUUCAUCUUAUUGGAGGAUUUAAAAAUAUAUUACAAAUUCCUCUAAAAAAAGAAUUACAAAUCUUAUCAGAUUAUUGGAAUUUCAAAUGUACUUUGCACAUAUCACAAAUGCAAAGUAAUUAAGACAUUUU